AACUUCUCCAUCGCUUGACAGUUAUCGUUUAAAAUAGCGAAAAUUAAUCCGAAAAUAUCCGUCUCUCCAAAGCGAGGGAUGGAAAAACCCACGUCUUCGAUGGAAGAUGAUAGUAACAUUGAUCUCGAGGACAGGGAUCCUAAUCGUUUAAAUCGACAUAUACAGGUAUUCUGGGAGGAGGUGAUCGGCGAACCGGAAGGCGUCCGCAGCCCCGAGUGCGCCUGGCGAUUAAGUCGCCAUUGCUUCCGUCUGUCCAAGGGUUGCUGCUACGUCCUGCUCACGGUGCUGAUCGCACCUCUGCUCGCCCUCUGCCUCGGCCUCACCUUCGCCUGCUUGGCCUUCGAGCACGUCUGGUGUAUCGUUCCGUGUUUGCGUGUCUGGCGAAUCACGUGCUCGAGCUUUAGGAACUUCUGGACAGUGCUCGUGCAGUCUGUCGUCCUACCCUUCACCGAGGCUCUCGGAUAUUUCUUUCAUAACGUUCGCGUCUUCAGCCAAAAGCCGCCCGACGCCCAGGAACGCAAGGACGACAUUCAUAUUGUUUAA